GUCCUCUCAUCCCCGUCACAGUCUCUUCUUCUUAUAGAAAUCAAAGCAAGAGGAAUAUCUGUUCUUCGCGAUCUUCUUCGGUUUUGAAAUGGCUCGUACCAAGCAGACAGCGAGGAAGUCCACCGGAGGCAAGGCCCCGAGGAAGCAGCUGGCGACGAAGGCGGCGAGGAAGUCGGCUCCGGCGACCGGCGGUGUGAAGAAGCCGCACAGGUUCCGUCCGGGAACUGUGGCUCUCAGAGAGAUCAGGAAGUACCAGAAGAGCACUGAGCUUCUGAUCCGUAAACUGCCAUUCCAGAGACUGGUUCGUGAGAUUGCUCAGGAUUUCAAGACGGAUCUUCGUUUCCAGAGCAGCGCCGUCGCAGCUCUCCAGGAGGCGGCCGAGGCGUAUCUCGUUGGGUUGUUCGAAGACACCAACCUUUGCGCGAUCCAUGCCAAGAGGGUCACGAUUAUGCCCAAGGAUAUCCAGCUGGCGAGGAGGAUCAGAGGUGAGAGACUUGACGGAGGAAGACUGGUCUGGUUAUUCCGUUUUUUGCUUUGUAUAUCUUCUGGGGUCUGGCAGGUUUCUACUUGUUCGUUAGGUAUAGUUGCUCGUGCUUAAGAUUACGUCUUCCAGGUGUUUGUUGAAAUGCUUCAAUGAAUUUUUGCUUCCUUGGCAUUUUGAUUACA